CCCGACUUCCCCCCCCGUUCGCCGCACACACUUGUGAAGCUUUUCAGAGUUAUCCUUCAGCAUCAGUGGCACCGGCAGGCAAGCCCGGGGGAGCUGCGACACCGAAACGUGCUCGGCAAACUGCAAGAGAGAUCAGAGGGAGAGGAGCGGCCGGGAGCGGCCCGGGCCGGCGGCCCCUGCCCGUACCCGCUGGGGGCUGCACUUCCCGUCUGCGAUAUUGCAUAUAUUUUUUUUUCCUUUUUCUUUUUUUUUUUUUUUUUUUUUUUUUUUUUUCGCUGCUCCUCUCGCUUUCUCGAGGAAGGACGGCGGGGUUUGUAGCAUUGCGGGCGGGCGAGCUGCCGGGUCGCCUGCCCUAGGCGUGCGAGGUGAGGCGAGAGGGAGGUAGAGAUGCCUCUGAUUAGAGGGAAAUUCGUACUCAUCCUCGGCUUCGUCUUUCUGACAACUUUCCUGGCUGCUCUGAGAGGGCUGCCCGUGAGGAAACAGCGCAGUAACAGCCCGAAGGAGAGGAGCUCCAAGCUGGCGGAGGUUUCUGCCUCGUCUGACCCCCAUUCAGCAGGGGAUGAGGAGCUGCCGCCAGCGGGCAAGGCUCGGGGGCUGAGGCGGAGCGGGCAGGCCGGCCUGCGGCGGCACAGACGCCGUGGGGUGGCUCAGCAGGCUGCUAGGAGCCCAGCGGUGCCCCAGCCCAGCAGUUUUGGCCUGGAGGAGAGCCUGCCCUUCGUGCUGGACCUGCAGAGCUUGCCGGGGCUGGCCAACGUGGACCUGAGUGCCCAGAACCCCAACAUCCAGGUGACCAUCGAAGUGGUGGACGAUCCUCAGGCUGAGAUGGAGAUGGACUUAUUGAAGGAGACAAACAGUGACUGGUCCCUGACAUCCUCUGAGUGGUUGUCCCACAAGGACCUCUUCUGGCCCCUCUUCUGGGAAUACACAGACCCUGCUGAAGAGGAGGAGGAGGAAGAGGAGGAAGAUGACAACCUGAAUGUAGGAGACAAGGAGGAGGAGGAGGAAGAUUACACAGCAGACUACGAGGAGGAGGAGUCCAUGCUCAGUGGAGUGGGAGGUGACUGGGACCAGCGAUGGCCUGCGCAGAAGAAUUGGAUCUUUAAGGAAAAAUAUAAUUAUGACUAUGAAGAUGAGGAGGAAUGGAGUCCAUGGUCCCCUUGCAGCAUCACCUGUGGCAGUGGCAACCAGAAGAGGACACGGUCCUGUGGCUAUGCCUGCACAGCAACAGAGUCAAGGACCUGUGACCUGCCACGCUGCCCUGGAGCAGAGGGGGAAAUGGUUCUCCCUACAGAGGAGACAGCUUUCAAGAGUGACAACACCACAGAGCUAUUCAACUCAGAGGUGGACAGCUGUGAGAAGUGGCUGAACUGCAAGAGCGAUUUCCUUACCAAAUACCUGAGCAAGGUGCUGACGGACCUGCCCAGCUGCCCCUGCUCCUACCCACUGGAGGCCGUCUACAGCGCAGUCAACCUGCGGGAUGAAGGGCAGGGCAAGAGCUUCCGAUGGCGGGACGCCAGUGGCCCCAAGGAGCGCCUGGACAUCUACAAGCCGACGGCGCGCUUCUGCCUGCGCUCCAUGCUUUCCCUCGACAGCACCACCCUGGCUGCCCAGCACUGCUGCUACGACGAGCACACCCGCCUCAUCACCCGCGGCAAAGGGGCCGGCGUCCCCAACCUCAUCAGCACCGAGUUCUCCCCAGAGCUGCACUACAAGGUGGACAUGCUGCCCUGGAUCCUCUGCAAGGGUGACUGGAGCCGCUAUCAUGCCGUCCGGCCCCCCAACAACGGGCGGCGGUGUGCCGACAACCCCGCUGAGGAGGAGUACCUCUCCCAGCUGCAGGAGGCCAAGGAGUACUAGCAACAGCCAUACUCAGAGGAGCCAGGGCUACCACCCUGGCCCAGUCUGGCAAAGCCCUGGCCCUGCUUAUGGGCCCCUCGCUGACGCUGGGCAGAGCGGGGAGGAUGCAGUAUCCAUCUCACCCCCUCAGAGGGUCACCUCAGCCUUCCUUGGAUUUCCGAGGGUGCUGGAGGCUAUCAUGGUACGAUCCCUGCUGUGCCACCUGGUGCGGUGCUGCACCCCGGGGUGCCUGGGCUGGUGAGUGGGGAGCCACAGGGGAUGGGAGGUAUGAAAGGAAUGGGGGCUCCUUCUUUCUGCUUUCAUUCUCUGUGAUCUUUCAAUGCAGUCUGAAAGCUGAGCGUCUGCAGGGCGAAAUGGCCUCAGCUCCUGCUGUCUUCACACCCCAUCUGAGGAGCUUGCCUGCUGCAGACAGAGCUGCCUGCUCUUGCCUGUGACAUCUGCCCUGGCACAUGCUGAUCUGCUUCUGAAUCUGGGGGGUAGAUCCUCCCAGGGAGAGUCAGGGCUGUCCCACCCUCACUUACAGAGGUACAGAGUGGGGUCUGUUUUCUCCUCGGGUUUUUCCAUGCGUGGCUGGGAAGGAGCAUGGAAAGAUUUAGCAGGUUUUCAUGGUUUGAUAAGCGAGGUUGGGGCAGGAGGAGACUGGCAACUGGGCUCUGUUGGCAAGAUUGCAUUGCCAUUACAGUUUUGGCUGUGAAAAGGAACACUGGGUGCCAGAGCCAGGCACAGGUGGACCUCAGUGGAGGUCAGCAUGGGGGACACACCACCUGCGUGCAUUUCAGCCCCUCUGUCUGAGUUCUUAGGGGAGUAGGGUGGCAGCAGCUAUGCACAUCCCACCACCAGCCUGCCUGCACGUGGGCUCCCUGGCAGCCCUUUGCAGGUUUCAGUGCUUGGGAGCACUUGUGACACGGCUCAGCAGAAAGUCCUGCAUUUCCCACUCUACCAGCUCAGCCACUGCUCAUGCCAUUACUGGACAGGCUGAAAAAGUACCGAGACAUGUUGGCCAUGAGGAUAGGAAAAAGUCAGGUGCCACUGGGAGCACCCAAUAUUGCUCCUGUCUGGUCUGCUGCUGACCUCAGGCCCUACUCCAUGUUGUGUCUGCCAGGUCCCCAGCAAGAGACAGCCCAGAGAAUACACAAGUCAUGGGCACAAUCCAUGCUCCCCUGGUUGCUUGGACAGGCAAGCAAGUGUGGAUCCAAAAGUGGAAGACACACUUGAUAAUAAUGAUGUCUGCCAAUCAUAGAUCAUGAUGCUUUCCAUUGGCACUUUGGUCUUGCCUGGGUUUUAUUCAGCUUUUCACAGGUCUAUGACAGUUUCUCAUAGAAUAUUUUGGGAACUGUGAAAUUUACUGCAGAGAAAGUAGGCUGAGGACCUUUAUCCCUGGACAUUCAGUUGCUGAACCUGGCAGAAAUUGUGCAUAACUUUUAUUGAGCAAAUUUCAUGCAUCAGAGGAAAUAAAAGCACAAGUCAAGUACACGUAAAGAAGCAUGGAGUAAUUUCUAGACCAGAGGUUUAACCCAAAGCUGUUGGCUACUCUGCUUUUCUGCAGGACAUUGUUGGAAAAUAAAAAGCAUCCAUCUGUGUGCAGAGGUCCUUGGUUGACUGUCCUCUGCUAAGUCUGUCCUUGCAGGAGCUUUCUCCAGGGCCAGUGAAUGUCCACAGUCUGAUAUCUCUUUGGGAAUUCUUUUCUGGAAUUGUCGUAUUUAUGCUGAGUGUAUGUUGAUCCUUUUGCCUUGGUUACUGAUAGAAUAUUGCAUCCUUGGUCAUCAGGACCUAAGAAUUCACUGCUGGUUAAGCAAAAGUGCUAAUGAGGCAUGCAGCUUGGGAUGACCAAUGUUACAGAGAGGGUGAGAAGAAAGACACAACCAAAUAAGCAUGGAUGGAGCCCCAAGUGCUGGUAAAUUUUCAUCACCUUUACAUGUUCCCUAAACCAAAGGGUCGUUUCCUCACUUGUUUCUGGUGAAGUGGUAGGUGAUAAAGACAUGGUCAAGAGGGGGUGGCAGUGACCUGGUGGCUUGGUUCUGGGAGCCUGGGACGUGUGGAGAGGCUCAGCAACAGACAUGGAGGUGUUGUAUGGGAAGUAGAUGAGCAGCUGAAGCCAUGGAAGGAUGAGCUUGUUAUCUUCUGUCAUUUGGCAGAGCAUCUUCAUAUUUCUUCUCCCGUAUCAUAUGUCAUCAUUAACAUCAACAGACUUUCAGAGGAGCUUAUUUACCAUCAGUGCACGGACUUCUUAAAAACAACUUCUUAUUAAAUGUGCCUGAUGUCCAGUAUUGGACCCACACAUGGAAACAGGAACUCUCCAAACAGCCUUUCCUAAUGGAGACUUUCAGUAACUCAGUCAAUUUGUUUGUUAGACUUGCUGCUCUCUGAGGAAGUGUUGACAUAAUAAGGACAAUUACCCAGGAUUUGCACCUUCCUCCUCUUUAUACUGGGUAUGUCAGCCAGUCUACCCCCUAAAAAAUAAACUAUAAUUUCUGUAAUAAAUGGAGUUACUGUCCAAUGGCAAGUAGGAAAAUUUCUUGCAUUGUGACCCCCACCCUCGAAAAAAAAAAUCCUGGUUGAAAGCCAAGUGGCUCUUCUGCCUCACUGCCUCUGUGGUUUGGAUGAUACAGGCAAGAACUGGAGCAUGAGAAACAAGAAGCAUUGUUGUUACUCACACAAGCACCUUACACGCCAGGAGGCUAUGGGGGCACCAUGAGAAAAGUAGACAUUAAGCAAGCGUUUAUUUUUAUAUCCCAUCAAAGAUUCUCUCCGGUCCACUGCUAUUUAAGUGAUGAAUCUCCAAGCUUCCACUCCUUAAGUUUAUUGUGGUUUUUAUAUAUAAUAUAUUUAAAAAUUACUUUUAUUCCUACAAAAUUUCAUUGAGAAUAAUUCUUUAUUCUGAUGCUGCAAUAAAGCACUUUAUAUAU